AUGGAUGCCCCACGCCCAAAAGGUAUCGUCGUCUUUGGCGGUGGAACCGCCACCAACAGCCUCGUCGAUGUAUUGAACGACCUGCGCGAAAGCAGAGGAUGCUCGCUGAGCUAUAUAAUUCCCAUUAGCGACAAUGGCGGAAGCUCGUCCGAGCUUAUUCGUGUAUUUGGUGGACCUGGAAUCGGUGAUGUCCGAUCUCGUCUUGUUCGGCUGAUCCCCAAGCCGGACUCGAAUGGUGAUGUUGCAGCGACCAAGGCGCUGUUCAAUUAUCGUUUGUCCUCGGAGCCAGAGGCCGCCCGGUCAGAGUGGUUGGACAUUGUAGAGGGCAGGCACCCUCUGUGGGCACAAAUCUCAAGCGACAAGCGCGAGCUCAUUAGAAGCAUCUUCAACAUGGUCAACAUGGAGAUUGUAAAAAGAGCCCGGCCGAGCUCAACGUUCCAUUUUGGAAGGGCUGCAGUGGGCAAUAUGUUUUUGACUGGCGCACGCAUAUUCACUGGCUCUCUCGAGUCGUCCAUAUAUCUGCUUUCCCAAAUCUGUUCCAUACCCCCUUCCACCUCCGUCCUCCCUGCCAUUAAUAGCAACUUUUCCCAUCACAUCUCUGCCGGGCUUGCAGACGGCACCGUCAUUACCGGACAAAAUGCCAUCUCGCACCCCAGCGAACCCACAUCACUCCCCGACGUCAACGGGACGGGGACAGCAACAAGAAACGCUGCCGACUCUACGGGCGUGUCAUCGUCGGCCGAGGACACGGACGCGCACGAUCUGAUCGAGGACGCUAAUCUGCCGGGCAGCCUCCCCACGCUGCGCAAGCAGUACAUAGAGUUUUCCAAAUCAAACGAGGACGACGACCUGCCCAGCCGCAUAGAUCGUGUCUGGUACAUUAACCCCUACGGCCACGAGAUCCGCCCGCGCGCCAACCCGCGCGUAGUCGAGGCCCUCGCGCACGCCAAUGCCGUCAUUUACAGCAUCGGGUCCCUGUACACGUCGAUUGUGCCGAGUCUGAUCCUGCGCGGCGUCGGCCACGCCAUCGCGCACGCCGGCGUGCGGCACAAGAUCCUGAUUCUCAAUUCGAGUAAUGAUCGCGAGACGGGGCCGAGCGCCAGCCCCUUUACUGCGGUGGACUUUGUCAAGGCCAUUGCGCGCGCGGCCGCCGAGAGCCAGGGCGAGUUUGACGGGUUUGGUCGGCACAAUGAGGUGCGGCGCUACGUCACCCAUCUCGUGCACAUGGAGGGCGAGGGCACGCCAGUCGUACAAAAGGAUGCACUUGCAAGCUUGGGAGUCGAUUGUAUUAGAGUAUAUGGUCGUCGCGUCGAUGGCGUACUGAGGUACGAUGAGCAAGGUCUGAAAACUGCCCUUGAGGCCGUCCUGGGUAGAACUGAAAGGGGCAGAAGCCGAAGAAAUACAAAGCAGUAG